AUGGCGUCGUCCGCGCGUCCCGCGCUCGCCGUGGCGCCGCGCGCCGCGGCGAUCGUGGGGCGGUCCACCGAAGAACGCGUCGAACGUGGAAGAUCUCGGAACACCGGAUCCUCCUCGUCGUCGCGCGUCCGCGUCGUCCUCCCCGCGGGCGCGCGCCGCGCGUCGUCGCGUCUCCGCGCCUUCGCGGACGACGGGACGUACAUCGGCGGCGACCCCGAGCCCGUGGAGAACGUCGGCCUCGGCCUCACGGACGCCGAAAUCGCGGCGGUGCUCGCGUCCGCGGACGAGAACGUCCUCACGACCGCGCUGUCCAGGAGCAUCGCGGUGGAGGACUACGCGUUCGCGGCGAAGCUCAGCGCGCGGCUCAAGGAGCUGCAAGGCACCGCGGACGAGCCCGCGGGUGAGAUCCUGGACUGGCGCGCGCUCGGGAUGAUGGAGUGGGUCGCCGAUCGCGCCGAGUCGCUCGGAUUCCGAUACCCGACGGCGGUGCAGCGACGCGCGUCGAUCGCGUUCCGCAAGAAGAAAGACGUCGUCAUCCAGGCGCAGACCGGGAGCGGAAAGACGCUCGCGUACCUGCUCCCCGCGAUAGACAACAUGGACUUCACCGCGCGAAGGAUGCUGCAGAUCUUAGUCGUCGUCCCGUCGAGGGAGCUCACGAUCCAGACGGUGAUGCUCGCGUUUCGAAUGUUCGGCGGCAACGUCAACGUCGGCGUCCCGGGGGACCCGGGGAACAUAUUCAACUACAAAGGCCCGAAGGGGAUCUCCGCCGUGGGUGUGUUCGAGGAGUCGCACGCGGAGAUGGAAGGGUUCGCGGACGUCGCGGAGAUCGUCGUCGGGACCCCCGAGCUUCUGUGCCGGAUGAAACUCUCCGGGAAGCUCGAGGUGGAUCUCGCGUCGACGAUCAUCGUGGACGAGGCGGACCAGCUGUUCGAGCAGUACCCGGGCGAGAUGGCGGCGCUGUUGAAACCGAGCCCGUACCCGCUCGUGAUGGAGGACCGUCAGGUUGUCCUGUGCGGCGUGAACGUCCCGCAAGAGGUCAUCUCGACGUGCAAGGAGAAAGCUUUGAUGAAGACCAAGCCGCUCGUCGUGUCCAUGGGGAACCCCGGAAGAGUCCCGUCGUCGGUCUCGCACCGGCGGCUCGUCGUCCCGAGAAUGCGCAAGCUCGUCGCGCUCGCGAGGCAGAUUCGCAGGGACGUGAGGAUCGCGGGCGAGGACGCGCCGCCGCCGCGGACGAUCGUGUUCGUGCCCUCGGCGGAAGCCGCCAUGGCGGCGGCGAAACCGCUGCGUAAGUCUCUGUGGGGGAAGCACAAGCUCGCGGUGCUCCUGCCGGACGGCAAGGAGGCGAUCAGGGUCAUGCAAGACUUCAAGAACCAGCUCACGACGAUCUUGCUGUGCACCCCCGAGGUCGAGCGCGGGCUGGACAUGCCCGGGGUUGAUUUCGUGUACAGCCUCGACGCGCCGUCGUCCACCGCGAGUUAUUUACACCGCGCCGGGCGGUGCAGGCGCAUCGGAUCGACCACGAACGGCGUCGUGACGACCGUGUGCACUUCGGAGGAGGAGUACGUCGUCGACCAGAUCAUGCUCGACCUCGAGAUCGCGAACUGGGAGACGUUGGAGGAGGAGAAGAACGCGCCGAGCGUGGACAAAGCCGCGGCGGCGGCGGCGGCGCAGAUGGCGAGGGACAACGACGGCGACGGCGACGGCGAGGAGGGGGGAUACGGCGACGAAGGCGACGGCGCGAUCGCGGAGGAAGAGCGGGCGCUCACCGCGGGCGCGCUGAACGAUCUGUUUUACCUCGUGGACGCGCGCGCGGAGGGUGUGAACAUGCUGGAGGAUCUUUUCAACGCCCCCGACGCGAGCAAGGAGGAGUCGUACGACGUGGGGGAAGACCCGGAGGAGGAGGCCGAGAGCGAACGUCUGCGCGCGAAGAUGGACGACAUCAAGAAGCUCUUCAGCGCGGACAUCGACGACGAGGACAUCGGGUACGGACGCGCGACGGAGGACGCGGCGCCCGCGGCGUCGGCGGAGGACGAGCGCGGCGCCUCUUCGUGGGGUCGGGUCGCCGAGGACGAGAGCGGCGACGGCGAGGGCGAGAGCGUCGUCGGCGAGGUGAUGCCGGUGUGGGAGGCGCACAAGUCCCCGGACGGGUACACGUACUACUACAACACGGUCACCGGGAACACGACGUGGGAUAAGCCCGCGGGGUUCGACGAGGAUAAGCCCACGGGGUUCGGCGAGUGGUAGAGUUAAUACAGAUUAACAGAAACCAAAUCAUUCGCCCUCUCGCCUCCCUUUUCGCGAGAAGUACACAAACGUACUCGUACUCGUACAGUAGUGUAGGGCUACUGUACCUUCAUAGUACUUUCGUACUUUCGUACGAAAGUACUUUCGUACUAUGCUAUCAGAUACCUUCGGUAACAACUUACCUUCGUAUACAUGAUCGGGCGUGGAAAGGCCUUCGCGAUCGCUAGUACGAGGAUUCCUUCCGCGACCGCACGCGUCGCACGUCCAUCAACGCACCCGCGAAGCGUUGGUGUUCUGGCGCGAGGUCCUCGAACUGUCGAUCCUCGUUCUCGUCCGGCGUGAACAUCGUCUGCGGCGGCGCAGACGCGUACGCCGGCGCGGAGAUCAGCCUCGGUCGCUGCGUCUGCGCCGGCGCGACCUUGUUCCCGACGGGCGCCGGGGCGUGCUCUGCGCCUUCUUUGUCCCGGUACGUGCUCUUCACGCCGCAGCACUGCAUGAUGAAUAACGGCGCGAGCGUGAUGAAGACCAUGACGACGAGCUCCGCGUUCCCGAACGCCAUGCCGAGAACCUCGAGGAGGGGCAUCGCGACUUCCCGCGAGCACGCCUGCGGGGUCAUCGCUUUCACCCACGCGCACAAGUUGUCUUCGCCGAGCUCGUCGUAAAUCUGCGUGAACA